GUCAUGUCCCAAGUUCGAAAGGUCUACUAUUCCACUACCCCUGUUCUCUUCUCAUAAUCUAUUCCUCUGCUGCAUAGAUUUCAUCAAUUACCCAAAACCUCGCAUUCAGAUAGCUGCUUUACUGUUUUGACAAAAAAAAAAAAAGAUAGCUGCUUUACUGUGUGUGUGUGAGAGAGAGUGCAAAGGAAAGGGACAAUGGUAGUCUCAUACCAGUCUUCCUCAUCCAAGUUCGCUAAUUUCCAGUUCCAUCCUUCCCCUCCACUCCACCAUUUCCGUCAAAAACCAGCUGGGUUUUUCCUCUGCACCUCUGUUCGCCCUAAGUCAAAUGCUCAUGAUAGAUUCCGCUUUGGUCUUUUUCCUCUCAAACAUUCUACUUGGAGAAUUUCAAACAUAUAUGAUUUUACAAGUAAAAGAAGGUGUGCUCAUGCAUCUCGGUUAUCUUUUUGCCCUGUCGAGAAGUUUUGUGGAGUAUAUGAUGAAUGUGUUUCAGAUAGGUGUAAAUUGUCAAGAUGCAUCAUUAGAUCUGAUAUUUCUGCCAGUGGUUCUGCUAGUGCUUCCUAUCCACUAUCAGAAUCUCAAGCAAUCUCAAAAUUCAGAGGAAUUUGCUUUUAUGCUGUAACUUCUUUUGUUGCCAUUUUUUUGUUUGUGCUGAUGGUGGUUGCACAUCCUUUUGUGCUCUUAUUUGAUAAGUAUCGUCGUAAAGCACAGCACCUCAUUGCUAAAGUCUGAGCACUCUUGACUAUUUCUCCGUUUUUGAAGAUUGAAUUCGAGGGUUUGCAUAAUCUUCCUGCCAAGGAUGCUCCUGCUGUAUAUGUGUCCAAUCAUCAGAGUUUUUUAGACAUAUAUACUCUGCUUACUCUUGGGAAAAGCUUCAAAUUUAUAAGCAAAACUUCUAUUUUUCUCUUUCCCAUUAUUGGAUGGGCAAUGUAUUUCCUGGGCACUAUUCCUUUGAAGCGCUUGGACAGCAGAAGUCAACUGGAUUGUCUUAAGAGAUGCAUGGAUCUUGUUAAGAAAGGAGCAUCUGUUUUCUUCUUUCCUGAGGGAACUCGGAGUAAGGACGGGAAAUUAGGCACUUUUAAGAAAGGUGCAUUCAGUGUUGCUGUGAAAACUGGAGUGCCCGUGAUUCCAGUUACUCUUAUUGGAACAGGCAAGAUAAUGCCUGCAGGAAUGGAGAGUCGACUAAACCCAGGAGGAAUUAAAGUUGUCAUUCACCCACCCAUCGAAGGAAAGGAUCCUGAUUUCUUGUGCAGUGAGGCCAGAAAGAAGAUUGCAGAUGUGCUAAUUCGUGAAGGUUAUGAAACUUAAUGCAACAGGAAUUUUUCUGUACUGUCUUAGUGUGAAAUCUUUCUUGUGGAGCAACGGAGUGCUAGCUCAAAGGUUUUUUUCGAAUCUUAACUAUUUGACCAAACUUUGAGGAGAAUUUGAAUCUAAACUUACUUCCGGUUGGCUGGUGAAGCUUUUAUUUCCACCAUAUAUAUACUAACCGCAGUAGCGUUGCUUCCGAGAUAGAGCUUGUAGAUUUCCAUCUUGAGUUACAUUUUUGGUAAAUUCCGUGAUACCCUGCUUUUCCCAUGGCUGAAUGGCUAGUAUCCUUUUAACAUGUAAUCAUCAUGAUUUUCAAUGAUUGCAUGCGACUGAAAUUAUACGUUGUUUGUAAAUGUGAAGAUAUAGUAGUUUGCCGGUCGUGAAAUCGGCACUUGAAAUCUUAGACAUAGAGAGACACUAACGUAGAAAACUGUAGUAGGGCAAAUUAUAGCUUUGGCUUUAUUUGAGAUUUUUCUACAAAUUUAGCUACCAGCCAUUUUAAGUUUCAAGUUUAAGAUAUGGCUGCCAUUUGUAGACUUCUUUCAGUUUAAUAGACAUUUACCAAUUUUGACA